AUGGGCGUUGCAGUGAUUGACAUGAAAAACAUAGACGGAGGAGAUAGAGAGGUGAUCAUGGGUGAAAUAGCAAAGCCCUGUGAGAGCACUGGUUUCUUUCAGCUUUUGAACAAUGCAGGCAUAGAGCAUGAACUUAUGGACGGUGUAAAGAAAGUUUGCCGGGAGCAUUAUAAGCUCAACAGAGAGCAGAGCUUCAAUGACUCUUUGCCUGCAAGGUUGUUGACCAACGCUCUUGACAGCGAUUUUAUUUUGUGUUUGCAGCUUUUGAACCAUGGCAUAGAGAAUGAACUCAUGAACCGUGUAAAGAAAGUUUGCUCGGAGCAUUAUAAGCUCAACAGAGAGGAGAGCUUCAAUGACUCUUUGCCUGUAAGUUUGUUGACCAACGCUUAA